AUAAGUUGAAUCGGGAGAAUAUUGACAACGAUUCGAUUCGCUCCUCUUUGGCCAUUUCAUCAUUUCACAUUUCAAGAAACCUCCAAAUCAAGAUGUUGAAAACGGCCCUCUUCGGGCGGAAGAAAGCGGCGGCGACGCCGUUCGCGGAGUUCUACAGCAACUGGUUCCAGACCCUUUCCGGCACCCUCCUACCCCAGCUCCGCUGCGCCCUCUCAUCAACGGCGGCCCCUCCGGCCCUGCUGUCGAUCCACGUGGAGGCCAUGCACCACCACCUGCAGUCCUACUACGAGGCCCUGGACGAGGCGGCGGCGGCGGACGUGGCCCUCUGCCUCUGCCCCGAGUGGCGCAACGCCCUCGAGAAGCCCUUCCUCUGGUUCGGCGACCUCCACCCCUACCUCUUCACCAACCUCCUCCGGUCAUUCCUCGAUGAUCAAGAUUCCUCCGACAAUGAUGAUGAUGAUGAUCAAGAACCCCCCGUGGCGGCGGCGUGGCGGAGCCCGUCGAAGGUGCUGACGAUGCGGGUGGACCAGAUCGAGUGCGGGCUGCGGCUGAUGGCGCCGGCGCUGGCGGCGCGCGGGCGGCAGGCGCAGGGGAAUCUGAUCAGGGACGUGGGGGCGGAGUGGGAGAGCAAGGAGGGGGUGAGGGCGGCGCUGGAGGCCGAGAUGGAGGAGCUGGUCGGGGUGGUGGUGGACGCCAACCGGCUGCGGCGGAGCGUGCUGGCGGAUGUGCUGAGCGUCACCAAUGUGUAUCAGGCGGCGCUGUUUCUUGAAGCCGUCGCCGCAUUCUUGGUGGGGUUUAGAGAUGAGGCUUUGCUUCACCAAUUUGAAGACUGCGAGAGGCCCAUCAAUUCCUUUGAUUAAUUAUGCAGCUUUUUAGGGUUUGUUAAUUAGGGCUUCGAAAUCAUUUGCAUGCUUGAAAUUUCAGGUUUUUCUUUUCUUUCGACUUUGUGUAUGUGUGUGUUUG